AUGGAGUCCAAGUUUAGGGUGAAAUUCUCCUUGUUACUAAUAAUAAUAUUGAUAAUUGCUGUGGCUCAUUUGCAGGUAUCAAGUGGUUGCCUUGAUGAUGAAAGAUUGAGUUUGUUACAUAUCAAGGCCUUCUUUUUAUCCUUUAAUAUCUUCGAUUCCUUUACUUCUUGGGUCGGAGAUAAUUGUUGCAAUUGGGAUCGAGUUAAGUGCAAUAAUCUCUCUUUCGGUGCCCAUGUGGUGGAGCUCUUGCUCAACAACUUGUUAUAUGAUGACGGGUCCAGCUAUCGUUUGUUGAAUAUUUCUAUAUUCCAAAAUUUGAGAGAAUUGAAAAAUCUUGACCUAUAUAAUAAUGGAUUCUCUGAUUUCACUGGAAAUCUAGGACUGGAAAAAUUAGAGAUUUUAAAUCUCAACUAUAAUAAUUUCAACAAUGGUAUAUUUUCAUUUUUGAGGGAGCUUAUAUCACUAAAGACUUUGACUCUGGGUGAUAAUUAUUUGGGAGGCAUCAUCCCAAUGCAAGAUAUUGCGAAAUUAAAAAGCUUGGAAUCUUUGGAUCUUUCGGACAAUAAUUAUUAUGAUGGAGCAAUACCCUUGCAAGAUUUGAACAAUCUAAGAAUAUUGGACCUAUCAAAUAAUCGAUUGGAUGGUUGGUUGCCAAUACAAGGAUUUUGUGAGAUAAACAAUCUAGUUGAGUUGGAUAUUAAUAACAAUCAUAUUAGAGGUCAAUUACCACAAUGUAUUGGAAACUUCACUAAACUUGGAUAUCUUGAUAUCUCAUCCAACCAAUUGAGUGGAAAAAUUCCAUCCACCAUCUCAAAUCUCACAUCACUUGAGUACUUGUCUCUUAUUGAAAAUGACUUCCAAGGUCCAUUCUUAUUAUCUUCCCUUGCCAACCUCACCAAUCUCAAGUUUUUGGGGCUAUCACAAUUACAAGUGGAUACUGAAAAACCUUAUAAUUGGGUAUCCAUGUUUCAGUUGGAGGACCUCAUACUACGAAACUGUGAGCUUAAUAAGCAAACUACAUCCAACUUUCUGGUAUUAUACCGAUUGAGAUCUAUUGAUUUUUCUCAUAACCAAUUGAUUGGAACCUUUCCUGUUUGGUUAUUACACAAUAACUCUGACAUGGUGUUCUUAGAUUUGAGUAGCAACUCACUCACAGGAACACUUCAAUUCCCUCCUCGAAAACAAAAAUUGUUUUUUCUGCAAAUUGCUGACAAUAAUUUUAGUGGUCCAUUACCCAAUAAUGUUGGCCUCCUUCUCCCUGAGGUUUAUUACUUCAAUAUAUCAAGCAAUAGAUUUGAAGGUAAUCUUCCUCCCUCCAUGGAACAAAUGAAAUGGCUAUCCCUCUUGGAUCUAUCAAAGAACAAAUUUUUUGGAAAUUUACAAAUUUCUUUGUUCAGCAAUAUGCCUUAUUUACAAUGUCUGCUACUUUCAAGCAACCGGUACAGUGGAAGCAUUGAGUAUGGGUGGAACAAUCACACGGGUUUGGUUGCGUUGGACAUAUCCAACAAUAUGAUUUCAGGAAAAGUUCCCAAUUGGAUUGGGAUUUUCGAAUAUCUUCGAUAUGUCAAAAUAUCAAAAAAUCAAUUUGAAGGUGAACUUCCUGUCGGAAUUUGCGAUCUUCAUCAACUUGCGUUCUUGGAUGUCUCACAAAAUAAACUAUUUGGUAUGCCCUCUUGCCUUGACUCUUCAUCAUUGGUUUACCUAUACAUGCAAGAGAAUUUCUUCUCAGGGCCCAUACCACAUGCAUUGUCAAAAGGCUCGAACUUGAAAGUUCUUGAUCUCAGCUACAACAAUUUCUCAGGAUCUAUUCCUACUUGGAUUCACAAACUUACGAGCCUACGAGUUCUUUUGUUGAAGAUGAAUCAGUUACAAGGUUCAAUUCCUCAUCAAUUAUGCCAAGCUGGAGGGUUGAGUAUUGUGGAUUUUUCAAGUAAUAUAUUCAAUGGACCAAUACCGUCAUGCUUAAAUAAUAUGACAUUUGGGAUGAUAAAAGGUAUUGAGUAUUCAACUGUUCGAAAAAUAGGAUUGGGUGGCUUUUAUGCUGUUAAUCUUAACCAAACAUAUUUUGAAAGUCGUUCCGAUUAUAUCUUCAAACAAGUGAUCAUGUAUAUCACAGGACAGAUCGAAGUAGACUUUACAACAAAAAAUAGGCCUGACACUUACAAGGGUAACAUUCUAGAAUUUAUGUCAGGACUUGAUUUGUCACAUAAUCAACUAACAGGUAACAUCCCACCACAGAUUGGAGACUUGCUAGAAAUUCAUUCCUUGAAUUUUUCGCACAAUAAGUUGGUCGGACCUAUACCAAAGCAAAUCUCUAAUUUAGAACAGUUGGAGAGCUUAGAUCUUUCCAAUAACUUUUUGAGUGGAAAUAUCCCUUCAGAAUUAGGAGGACUCAAUUCUCUUGCCAUCUUCGAUGUGUCGUACAAUAAUUUAUUGGGUAUGAUCCCUACAUCACCACACUUCUCGACAUAUCCUGCAAGCAGUUAUUAUGGUAAUUCUCAUCUCUGUGGGUCAUAUAUCAAACAAAAAUGUCAAAGCCCUAUUGUACCACGAGACAACAAAUCUAUGGAGUUAGGAGAAGAUCAGCAUGGAGCAUUCAUUGAUUUAGAAGCAUUCUAUUGGAGCUUUGGUGCCUCCUACAUCACAAUAUUGAUGGGAUUUAUAGUAGUUCUUUAUAUCAACCCUCAAUGGCGUGAGAUAUGGUUUUAUUUUAUUGAAGAUUGUUGUUCUUAUUUUUGCAAGUGUAUUUAAAAUAUAUCCUUCCACUCUUGUAUCAAACUUUAGAAAUCAGUCACUAAAAAGUUAGC